GGCGAGCCAUCCAACUAAAGUUUGCUCCCAAUUUUCUUUCCAAAACCAAGGUAAAUUCUCCGUUUCUCUCAGAUUAACUGAGAAAAUGAAAUUGGGUAAGAGAUUACUGCAUUCAACAGCAAUCUCCAAUUAUUCUUCUGGUUCAGGAGGUUAUAAAAGAGUAGUAGUAAGACGACUUGAGCAAUUUGUGAAAUAUGACUGUAAAUCUGGUAAAAUUAGGAAUCUUGAUGAUGGUUUGAGAUAUUUUGAUAUAUUGAUUUUGGAAAGGCCAUUACCAUCUGUUAGUACAUUUAAUCAUAUGUUGGGUUCUUUAUCCAAAAUCAGUUGCUAUUCAGAUGUGAUUAUGUUGUAUAAGAAGAUGAAUUUGGUUGGGGUGCAACCCGAUAUCUAUACAUUGAGCAUUUUGAUUAAUUGUUGUUGUCAAUUAGGAAAGGUUGAUCAUGGGUUUUGUAUGCUGGGAGAGAUUAUAAAGAGAGGUUAUCAUCCUGAUACUGUCACUUUUACUAUACUGAUCAAGGGAUUGUGUCUUCAAGAAAAGAUCGAUUUUGCAUUCAAUGUGUUUGCUAAAAUGACUGAUAUGGGUAAUCAACUUGAUGCUAUUACCUGUAAUACUCUUAUACGUGGGCUUUGCAGAGCUGAUAAAGUUGGUCAGGCUCUUCAGCUAAAAAACAAGAUGGUGAAAUGGAACUGCAGCCCUACAGUUGUUUCAUAUACUGCGAUUAUAGACGCACUUUGUAAAGGAGGAUCAGUCGAUGACGCUUUAAUUCUCUUCUCUGAAAUGCUUAGAGAUUUGAAUGUUGUACCCGAUGUAGUUGUUUACAGUUCUUUGAUCAACGGACUUUGCAGUUCAGGCAGGUUGAAUGAGGCAAAGAGACUCCUUGACGAGAUGGUUAGUAGAGGAAUUUCAGGAAAUGUAACGACAUAUAGUUGUAUCAUUCAUGGCCACUGCAAACAUGGUCGAUGGGAAGAAGGAAGAAGAUAUCUUUAUGAAAUGAUGGAUCGAGGGAUUUCACCAGAUUCUGUAACUUUUGGUAUACUAAUUGAUUCACGUUGUAAAGAUGGGAUGAUGGAAGAUGCUUGGGGGUUAUUUGAAUUGAUGGAUAAGAUAAACAUGAAACGCAGUCAGAUAACUUACAAUUCAAUGAUGGACGGUCUUUGUUUGGCAGGUCGACUGCAAGAGGCGGUAAAUCUGUUUGACUCGAUGGUGCAUAGGGGCCUUGAGCCAAAUGAGGUCAACUACAAUGUGUUAAUCAAUGGGUAUUGCAAGAAUCAUAAGUUAGAUGAAGCUAUGCAGCUAUUCAAAAAAAUGAAACAAAAUGGAUUGCGACCUACAGUAGUUACAUACAACAUAUUAUUUGCAGGUCUAUACGGACAUGGAAGAGUUGGGACAGCAGAAAGUUUGUUUAAUGAGAUGCAAUCUUUUGGUCAAUCUCUAAAUGAAGUUACAUACGCUACCAUGUUGAAUGGUCUUUGUAAGAAUGGAAAUUUGGAGAAGGCAAUAGAAUUGUUUGAAUCCAUGCAGGGUACUGAUAUCUUAGCUAAUAUUAAAAUGUACAAUAUUCUUAUUCAUGGUUUGUGUCAGGUUGGCCGGUUCGAAGAUGCAAGAAGGAUGUUUAUUGAGAUCCCAAGCAAAGGAUUGGCACCUGAUGUAGUAACAUAUAAUACAAUGAUCACAGGCCUCUUCUGUAACAAGAUGUUAGUGGAGGCUAACGCAUUACUCAUCGAAAUGGAAGAGAAGGGUUGUGUACCAAAUGCUAGAUUAUACUGUACCAUUAUUAAUGAUUUUCUUGAAGGAGAAGAGAUGGCCAAGGCAAUGGAAUUUCUUCGCAGGAUGCUAGAAAGAAAACUUUCACCUUGUGAUUCUGUUAUUGCUUCGUUAGUAAACAAUCUUCCCAUAGAUGAAUUUUCAGAGUUUUUUGCCUGUCAAUUAGUAACCUUCUGUAUUAUAUCCGGCAUCUCUUGUGAGGUUUGCAUAGUGGUUGAGGCAAAAAACGCACUAGAAAAGGUUGAAGCUCCGAAAAAGUUAGGUGCAAGGCAGGAGCCACUGCGGGACGCCACGAAGUAUACUGCUGCUGAUGUUUGCAUUGUGAGCAUUUUUGAGGGUGCACCGCAAUCAACAGGUGUUAAAGGGGUACUGUAUUCUUCGAACAAUGAACAAUUGCAGGAAGAUGGAAUUCAGAUUCGGAAGUCUCCAAUUAUUCUUCUGGUUCAGGAGGUUAUGUUUAGAGUAACGCAGCUUGAGCAAAUUGUGAGGGAUGAGUGUAAGUCUGGAAAGAUUAAGAAGCUUGAUGAUGGGUUGAAAUACUUCGAUAAGUUGAUUUUGGAAAGGCCAUUACCAUCUAGUGGUACAUUCUGUCAUGUGUUGAGUUCUUUAUCCAAAAUCAGUUGCUAUUCAGAUGUGAUAAUGUUGUAUAAGAAAAUGAAUUUGGUUGGGGUACAACUUGAUCUGUAUACAUUGAGCAUUUUGAUUAAUUGCUGUUGUCAAUCAGGAAAGGUUGGUCAUGGGUUUUGUUUGCUUGGAGAGAUUAUAAAGAGAGGUUAUCAUCCUGAUACUGUCACUUUUACUACACUGAUCAAAGGGUUGUGUUUUCAAGAAAAGAUAGAACCUGCCUUUCAGUUGUUCGAUAAAAUGGCUCAGACAGAUAUUCAACCUAAUACCGUUACGUGUAAUACUCUUAUACAUGGGCUCUGUAAAACUGGUCAAGUGGGUCGUGCUCUUCAGCUGAAGAACAAUAUGAUGAAAUGGAACUGCAGACCUAGUGUUGUUUCAUAUUCUGCAAUCAUAGAUGCACUUUGCAGAGGAGGAUUAGUUGAUGAAGCUUUAAUUCUUUUCUCUGAAAUGCUGAGAGAUAUGAAUGUUGUGCCCAACGUAGUUGUUUACACUUCUUUGAUCAAUGGACUUUGCAAUUCAGGCCGGUUGAAUGAGGCAAAGAGACUUCUUAAAGAUAUGGCUAGUAGAGGAAUCUCUGCGAAUGUAACAACUUAUAGUUGUAUGAUUCAUGGUCAUUGCUUACAUGGUCAUUGGGAAGAAGCAAGAAGAUAUUUUGAUGAAAUGAUGGAUCGUGGGAUUUUACCGCAUAUUGUAACCUUUAGUAUAUUAAUUGAUUCACGUUGUAAAGAUGGGAUGAUGGAAGAUGCUUGGGGGUUAUUUAAACUAAUGCACCAGAUGAACAUAAAACCCAAUCAGAUAACUUAUAAUUCACUGAUUGAUGGUCUGUGUUUGACAGGUCGACUGCAAGAAGCGGUUAAACUGUUUGCCUUGAUGGUGAAUAGAGGCCUUGAGCCAGAUCAGUUCAGCUACAAUAUGUUAAUCAAUGGGUAUUGCAAGAAUCGUAAGUUGGAUGAAGCUAUGAAGCUAUUCAAGAAAAUGAAACGGAGUGGACUGCAACCUGAUACUGUUACUUACACUACACUGUUAGGGGGACUAUACCGUGUUGGAAGAGUAAGGACAGCAGAAAGUUUGUUUAGUGAGAUGCAAUCUUUUGGUCAGUCUCCAAAUGAAGUUACAUACGCUACAAUGAUGAAUGGUCUCUGCAAGAAUGGAAAAUUGGAGAAGGCAAUAGAAUUGUUUGAAUCCAUGGAGGGUAUUGGUGUCUUAGCUGAUAUUGAAAUGUACAGUAUUCUUAUUCAUGGUUUAUGUCAGGCUGGUAAGUUGGAAGGUGCUACAAAGCUGUUUAUUGAGAUCCCAAACAAAGAAUUGGCACCUAAUGUAGUAACAUAUACUACAAUGAUCAAAGGCCUCUUCUGUAACCAGAUGUUACCGGAUGCCAACGCAUUAAUCAUCGAAAUGGAAGACAAGGGUUGUUUGCCAAAUGCUAGAACAUAUGAUACCAUCAUCAACGGUUUUCUUAGAGCAAAGGAGCCUGGCAAGGCAUUGCGAUUUCUUCGCCAGAUGCGUGAAAGAAAUCUUUCACCAAGUGACCCCGUUAACUUUUUGUUAGUAAACACUCUCUCUGUUGACGAGUUAAAAGAUAUCUAG